UUAUAAGCAAUUAAAAAUUUAAAAUAAAAUUUACGAGAUUUAAUAAAAAUAUUUUCAUUGAAAUGUAAAUAGCAUUAAAAAAAUAAAAAUUGAGGAAAAAUAAUAAGUUCAUAUUAUAUUCAAUGGAUUUAUAUUGUACGAGUUUCUAAUUAAUAAAAUUGUAAGACUUUGAGUAUCAGUAUUUUGUAACAGAAUGGAGGAAAAUGUAAAAAUGGAAAACCUUGAUCCAACUUUUAUAUCAAGGAAUUUUUUAAAUUAUCGUACAAAAAAUGAAGAAAAUUCAUCAAAAUUUAAUGAGAUGAAAGAGGAUGAAAAGUUUUUCCUAUUUCAUGAAAACUGUGUUAACACAACUGGAGCAGAUAGUGCAUAUCAAUCAGCUUAUAGUAAUUUGUCAACUCCGACUUCUAUAUUAAGUUCAUCACAAUUUUCUACAUACUCAUCAUCAAUUACCCAAUCGUUUAAUUCAACAAAAAACUCAUACAAAUCUCAAUCGAAUAUUUUUGAAGAUAAAUUUGGGAGUUCAAUUAGCAAAAAUGACUUAUUGACUUUGACACCAGUAACACAAAAUGCAAAACGUAUAUCUGCGUUCCAUAUAACAACACCGAGAAGUGAUUCACAUUUAAGUUGCAUUACCAAACGACCAUCUAAUUAUUCUCUUGUUGAAUUUCAAAGCACACCCAAAAAACUAAAAUCAUCUAAUUGUGAUAUAUAUUCCACUCCACAAAAGCAUAAAAAGGAAAAAGGUAACCUCUUUAAAAGAUUACAUUCAGCACCAGACUUCGAAAAUAAUUCAAAAGAUGAUGAUAUUAAGUCAUGGAAAACGCCAGCUCAAUCAACACCUAAAAGAAAUCCUUUACAGCCUAUUCAACAAAGAGGCAGUAGUACACCGAAAAAUACGCCAAUAAAUACAUUAAAACGAAAUUUGCUUACGACACCAUUAAACAAAAUUAACGAAAACUCUUUGAAUGAUCUACUAAAUUGUUCGAAUGACGCUUUUGAAUCAAUUUUAAAUUCGGAUGCUUUAAAUUCACCCAGGAAAACAAAGCUUGUUACUGUUAAAAGACUUAACAAUGUCCUAAGUGAUGAAAAUAAUUUAAUAAAUUGUGCACUAGAAAUAAAUAAGAAAGCUUCAUGUAAAACGUUUCGUCGAUUCUUAAAAUUUAGCAGUCAAAACAAUUCGUUAUCUAUUUUAAACGACGAUAAAUCAAUAUUAGAAAAUGAAAACGUUCAAGCUUUUGCAGUCAUGCCGAACAAACGAAAAACUCAUCCGGCAAUCCAUUCCGUCAUUCAAGAUCGGUUAAAGGCUAAAAAACGUAUAAAUGCAGAACGAUUAGCUGAAUUAAAUGGGAAAAACUUAGAAGUAAAUUUUGAAAAAAGUAAAAAUACACCUGAUCAACUUUGCCAGUCGAAUAAAAAUGAGAUCGUGAAUAACAUUUCAUUUCAAAAUAAUUCAAUCGAUAAUUCAAAAAAGAUCGAUAUUAAUUCAAGCCCUAAAUGUAUGAAAAUUAAGUUGAAAAAUUUCAUAACUGAAACUCCAGUAAAUUCAACACAAAAUAUAAACAUGGAUAUAACACCACCUUGUAAUGAAUCUAAGAAUAUUGUAAUUUCGAAUAUUGAAAGUUGUGAUAUGGAUGUAAGCCCAAUUGAAACUAAUUUUCAAUUUAAAAAAUUAGGUGAAACUGAUCUUAUGAAUGAAACAAAAUUACACUUAAUUGAGGAGAACUCUUUAGAUGAUUUCAUGCCACUGACGCCACCUUUAAAUAAAUUUGGGAAAGAUGACGAUUUUAUCUAUUUGGAAAACAGUGCAGAAAAUGGUGAAUUGGAAAAAUCUUCCCUAACAACACCCCCCCGCACGUCAAUCAGAUCAACUUCAACUUCAUCACAAAAAUGUUCUUUAUUUUCGAUUGAUAAAGAAAGAUUUGAAAUAUUAUAUCCGACAAUACCAGAAACUCCUAAAAAAAAAUUCAAAAAUAAUAGUCCGAAAAAAUCACCAAAAAAAAACAAAAAAAUUAUAAUAAAAUCUAAACCACAUACAAAUAGAAUCUUUUAUAAUGGUUGUACAUAUUUAAAUAUAAUUGGAAAACUAGAAUUGUACACAAUUGUAUUAGAAAAAAUUUUUUAUUAUUUAUCUGAUGAGGAUUUGUUAAAUUUAUCAAUGACAACAAAAGUUUAUCGUAGAAUUCUUCAUGAUAAUUAUAAAACGAAUCUAAGAUUAAUUAAAUUUAUAAGAGAUUAUAAGGUACGUAAAGAGAACUAUUGCAAGCAAUCUCAUUUUGAUAAUAUAAACAGUUGUAAUGAUAAUAUAAACAAUUACAAUAAUAAUUACAAUAAAAUCAAGCCAUUCACAUUGCACAAUGAAAAACUGCUAUCUAAACGAGACUCUAAAAAUAAUUUAGUACACGAUAAAUCUUUAAAUAAAUCGCCUACUGCAAGUCCUUCAAAGCGCAAAUUCCACGAAUAUCAAAAGAUAAUUAAAAAUCUUUCAAAUAACGAAAAUAUGGGAAAAUGUCCACGCUGUGCGAUGGCAAGUUAUAUUAUAAAUCAACCACCUUUAGAUUCAUUUCCAGAAUUGGAUGCAUCAAUACUUAAUAAUAGGGAAAUAAAAUUCAAAAACAUCAAUAAUGAUACAUUAAAAUCGAUACAAUCACAGCAAAAACAACAAUAUUUUUUUCAAACAAUAGAUGAGGAAAAUAAAAAUCUAACAACAGAUUUAUUAAGAAGAUCUAGUUUAAAAACACAUUCUGUUACACAAAAUUCGAAUAAUGAAAAAAUGAAAUUAAAAAAAGCAUUUUCUGUUGAUUCGUGGCAAGGACAAUUAAGAAAAAAUCGUUUAUUACAGGAAAUAUCAAAAUUUCAACCAUAUGGCGAAUGCACAUCAAUUAAAUGUAAAUUUAAAUAUUGUUUAGAAUGUUUCUGUGAUUAUCAUCCCAUGGAAAAAUGUAAAUUAACAGCAUCAGUUUCACCGUCAAAGGAGGAUGUGCAAAAUGGUAUUUUAGAAAUAAUGAAAUCACCAAAAAGAAACAAUUCUGGAAUAAAUUAUAAAUCUAGUGGAUCACGUAAUUUAAAUAUGAAAAGAAAAUCUUUAAAACGUUUAUGCUUUAAUUAGAAUAAAUUUCUUUAUUAUAUUUUUAUCUUAUGUUUACAUUAGAUCUUAAAUUUAGUAUAAAUGAAGUAUUUUUUUUCUCAUUUUUUUUUUUAUUUUUUUUAAAAUCACCUCAUAUUUGAAUUUCAGAAAUUUAAAUUUUUGAAAUAAAAUUUAAAUUCAGAUAAAUUUUUCCAUAAUUUCAAAACACAAAAAUAAAAUACGAAUAUUUUUUUAAAUGUAUUUUAAAUUAUUAUAUUUUUUUAAUAUUAUAAAGGCGAGAACAGUUUUGUCGUUUUAAGAAUUUUAAUAAUUAAGAAAUUUUUAUAUUUCGUGUAUAUUUAUUUUAUAUGUAAGUCGAUGUAUAUGAAUAUUUAUCAGCUCUCAUUACUUUUAGUUAAAAUUAUUUUCAAUUAAAUAAAAUAUAAAAUAGGAAUCUUUGUAAUGUGUUUAGGAAUUUUCGUACAAAUUUAAAAGAAACAAAUAAUAUCAAAAAAUAUAUUAUUUUCAUUUCUUGUAUUUAUUUUUGUAUUAAUUUUUAUUAUAUGUAUGGCUAUUAUGAAUUAUUUGUUU